CUCUUACACAACACACAACUUCAGCUUUGAGGUAAAGCGUAAACUUUAAAAGAAAAACAGAACAGAGAUGGGUUUGGUCACAGAGGAGGUGAGAGCUAAGGCAGAGAAGUACACCGGAGAUGAGAUAUGCCGAGAGAAAACAAAAGUCUUCCUCAAGGAAAUAUCUAUGCCCAAUGGCUUACUACCGUUGAAGGACAUUGAAGAGGUUGGGUACGACAGAGAGUCAGGUGUUGUGUGGCUGAAGCAGAAACAGAGCAUCACCCACAAGUUCGAAACGAUCGAUAAGCUUGUCUCCUACGGAACCGAGGUCACUGCCGUUGUCCAGACGGGUAAGAUCAAGAAGCUCACUGGAGUCAAGGCCAAGGAGCUUCUCAUCUGGGUCAGUGUCAGUGAGAUCUAUACAGAGGAGAAAGAGAAGAUCACGUUCAAGUCAACCACACUGUCCAGGACUUUCCCUGCCAGCUUUAUUGUCCCAGAGGAAGUGGAACCUGCCAAGGAAGAACCUGUCAAGGAGAAGAGCAGUGAAGCCGCCGAGGUUACGGAGGCUGUUGCAGUCAAGGAGGCCUAAUCAAGCCGAGAGUUAGUAGUGUUUCUCACUGCUCUUACGCUCAUGUAUUACCUACCACUCGUUUCUGCUUCUUUUACUACCUGUAAUAAGAUGUCACCAACAUCCUCCUGUUAUACAAAAAAAUACCGAAAUUAUCUAUAAACUA